AUGAGCGGGGCACAGGGCAAAGGGCACAUGGCUCGGGUCACGGAGCGCGCGACACUGACGAACCAGGGAACCCAGGAGAGCACAGCACAUCAACAGGCACCCAGCCAGGUGUCCAGCUUUGCCGUCAGGUUCCUGGGGGUGAUGGUGGGAGACGCCAUGGACCCAGGCACCAGCAACCAGGAUUUCUGCACCACUGAGGCCCAAGGGGAACCCGCAGAUGCAGCUGCUGGACAUGAGUUCAGUGACAAGAUCGCCGAGACCGAGACUGCAACCUUGACCAAGAAAACACCUGCACAGAAGAGGCAGAGGAACAGAUCUUCAUCCGUGGCCCAAAGGAACAUCGUGGGCCGCAGAAUCUCUCACAAGUGGAAGGAAGGGGAUGGGCCCAUCACCCAUUGGAGAGGAACGGUUCUCCAUCAGGUUCCUCUAAAUCCCCCUCUCUAUCUUGUGAAAUACGAUGGAAUUGAUUGCGUCUAUGGGUUGGAACUUCACCACGAUGAAAGAGUGUUGUCCCUGAAUGUGCUCUCUGAGACAGUCAAACCAUCCCCAGUCCCUGAUCCUAACUUUGCAGAUACCAUAAUUGGCAAAGCGGUGGAGCACUUAUUUGAGGGUGAGCAUGGUGCAAAAGAUAAAUAUAGGGGGAUGGUUCUAGCCCAAGCUCCUAUACUUAAUGCCUGGUUUUAUAUUACCUAUGCAAAUGAUCCCAUCUUA